ACAUCCUAACAGAUUGUUCUAGAAACGCCUUGUUUGCCUAGGAAACGUUUAAGACGCCUUGUCAAUAAAACCGCUGUCUCAACCGCUUGACUUUGGGUGUUCGAAGCGCAAUAAUGGCCAAAGCAAACGUGCAUUUGUGCGAUUUGAAGCAGGAUACGUUUGGGUUGCCAAAAUUGCCGCCAAACGCUUCUUGGUACCGGAAGUUCGGUAGGCGAUUGAGGAAGUUUCUCACGCUGAACCCGAACUCCACCAGUGCGAAGAGGUUCUUCCGAAAUCGAUCGACGAUGAUCAGUGAGCAAAGAAGACACUUGCAAGGUGCUUCCUUCAUUAUUCAUCCGUUCAGCAAUUUUAAUCGAGUGAGGGAAACGGUUUUUUGCAUUCUAUGGAUAAUGGAAAUGAUUAUUUCGCCCAUUUACAUGAGCUUCGUCCAUGUGGAAAUGAUUUACUACACCCGAGCACACAAGGAAAAAUACCAUUAUGAUCCAUUCUUCUUCUUCUACACGAAUGUGCUUUCGCCUUUAGAAGCAUGUUGCGCUGCCAUGUUCUUCUUCACUGGCUACAUAAAUACGAAAACCAAGGAGAUCGUCAUCCAGCCAACGAAAAUCUGGAAAAAAUACCUCUGCACUUAUUACAUCAUUGACUACUUGAUGAACUUGAAGUUUGGAAUCUACACGGAGAUCACACGGUUUAUGUACUUGAUAAACAUGACUUGCAUGCUGAGAGCUGGAACUGUGUUUAACUACUUGAAGGAAAUUGUGCUCAAUUGCAGGAUGCGCGAAGAGGUUCACGAUUGUUUGCGACUGUUCGUCGUCACGCUGAUCAUCCUGAAUUCGUUCGCGUGCUUCUACUAUUACAUCCCCUGGAUUAUUGGCGGCGAGAAUUUUCCAGAAUAUUCCUGGCCUGUUCGCGUGAACGUUUCCCUAGGAAAUAACAUUCCCAUGCUCAAGGCUUAUACCGAAUCAAUGCUUUGCGUUGUGUGCCAUUUCUUUGGGGCUGGAGAAGGGCUGCAUGGAACCGAUUUGAGGGACGGACUGCAGAAGUUGAUGCUGGUAAUUGUUAUGAUAUCAGGUAGAGUAUGGACGCUUUAUGUCAUCGCCUGCAUCUUGAAGAUAUUCAGCGUGGUGACCAUUUCUGAGAGCAAAUAUGAGGAGUAUCUGCUGCAGCUGGAGGUUUUCAUGAGGCAAAAGCGGCUGCCCCAAGUGUUAAGGAGCCGCCUGUUGGAGUAUUACCGCUACAAGUACCAAAACCACUUCUUUAACGAGCAGGCGAUUUUCGCCACUCUUUCAGCCUAUUUGAGACAGGAGCUCAUGCUUUACGGGGCUAGAAAGUUGAUCACUAAGGUGGAACUAUUCAGGGCUUUUCCUCGAAGCGUAGUGGGCGCCAUUAUAGGAAAUGCGCGGCAGAUUGUGUACCUUCCGAAGGAUUUUAUUGCAAAACGCGGGGAUGUUGCCGAUGAAAUUUUCUUCAUUUCAUCCGGCACUGUCGCCUUAACCAACCUGGAUAACGAAGAGCUGGCGCACCUGGAGGAUGGGGAUGAAAUCGGGCUGAUUGGUGCCUUCACAGCCAACCCAUACAUUUACAAUUACAACUAUUUUGCCGUUGAAACCACUGAGGUUUACAGUAUAAGCAAAAAGGAGUUCAGGGCAUUGAUCUUUGACCAGGAGGAUUUGCUGAAGUAUUUUUCCAAAAAAGUGCAGGAAAAAAUCGCCAACUAUCGAAGCGUGGAAUUGAGCUAUCAAGUGCACGGUUACGAUCUACUUUCCGAGCUGAGCAGUGGGAAAAUCCUCGAAAGGCCCCGACUAAGGCCAACUCAUUUUGAAAAUUACUUUUAGUAGGUUUUAACCAAAUAAGCUCAUAGUUUUCAAAGGAAAUGUUGUGAAGGUUUCAAUAAAAUAUUACGCCGUCA